CCCUAUAAAGGCCGAAUAUUUACUAUUUUGGUGCAAAUUGUUUUUGACCUAUUUGGAAUUUGUUUUAAAUAAUUAAAAUGGACUAUAUUAAUUCAUUGGCAAUGAACUUGAAUUUGACAGAGUCAUUUCUCACCUGGUUAAAAAGAAGAGAAGCGACUCUGCGAGAGGGGUUCACCAUCAUUGAGAGCAAUCUGCAGUUUGUCAUGGUGGACGAACCCUUUUUUUUAUUAUUUCGUGAGUUCCACAUAAAAAAUGUCAAUAGCGCUCCUACGCAUUUAAGAAAUUGGAAGAUCUUCGCCAUAGCUGCAUCGAAUUUUCAGGGUCAUUUGCAAAUAAUCUAUUUGCGAACAGCAUCAAGCGGCAUGGAAAAGAUGGGUUCAGCUGCAAUUUUGCAAGGAGUCCAAUUGGCAAUAAGCAGCAUUAGGAAAAACCCCGAGCUGACCUCCAAAUUGGCUGGCGCUGUGGCAGACAAGUGCGCCGCCAAUCUGGAGGCCAUUCGUUAUCUGCAGCGAAAUGGGGUGCCAGUGCUGUAUGACUUGAACCACUUCUGUGGAACAAUGUUACGUCUGGACCAUGUGGAUGAAAUUGCCACCCAUCUAUACAAUGGGCCGAUAUUCACCAAGAGGAAUUUUGCUCAAAUCCUCUUGAAUUUUAAGCGGCUGGUUGAGGGAAAUGUACCCUCAGCCUUACAUGACCGCUACAAUGAGGAGCGGCUUGCCCUUGAGGCCCUUUUUAGGAAUUUGUUUAACAAAUUCCCAACUAGAUCUUUUAGCAUAUGGUGGGUCAACUCCAAGCACCUAGAGAGAGUGGGGGCCAGGCUGGCCGACAAAGUGCACAUCGGUGCCGAGGAUGGAUUUCAUAAACAUCCGGCCCUUGCAGAUCCAAAUGAGGCAGUUGUAUUUAUGGCAACGUUGACAACUGUCCUCAGUCAAAUUAUGCACAAUGAUUUGAUGAAAUCGCGCAUUGCAUUGUCGGAGAGCCUGCUACAGGUCCCUAUGGACGAAGACGAGCCGGCUAUGGACGAAGCAAAUUAA